CUAAGUACUUAUGGUCCUUAGGAAGUGUAAAGUUAUGCACAGUGUGGUCUCAAGAAUACAGAACAGUCCAAGUAAACUACAAGUUGUAUAAGGUAUGUAGCUGAUUUCUAAGUUCUUGAAAAGGAUAGUUGGAAUUGAUGAACUACACUGCUGUUGGAAAAAACAUGGCAUCAAUGCGAAUGAGGCCAUUGACGAAUAAUUCACAAAUGAAACAAGAUAUCCUCUCUUGUAAAACUUCUUCAGUUGAAUCCACAUCAGAAAAAUAAAUCUUUUCAAGACUCCCAAUUGGCGACGUGCAGUCAU